AUGGCGACGACACAGGAGCUCGCGAUGGAAGGGGAGAAGCACUUAGAGGAGACAAUCGAAGCCGCUUUUCAAAUCAUCUCCGCCAUGAACGAUGAGCUCUGCAAUCCUUCCUUAUGGUCCACCUCAGCAAACGCGGCUAAUUCCACUUCUAACUCCAACGGAUCGGCUCUCGUUUCACCCGACGCGUCUGGGAUCGAUGGAGCUGCCUCGCAUCACUCUGAAUCUGGCGGCGGUGGCGGCGGAGGAGGAGGAAGUGGAAACAGCGCUUUGGAUGAAGCUAGUCUUCGUUAUAAGAACUCUGUUACUUCUCUUCGUGCUGUUCUUGCUGCCAUUCCCAAUUCUCAGAAGGCAAAAGUAUCUGAAACGGAAAAUGGCUUAGAAACACCUGAAGACGAAGAAGAAAUCGAAAAGUUGGAGGAGCAAGCCUUGAGUCUUAGGAAGGAGAUUGCGGAGAAGAAUGUUCAUGUCAAAGAGCUUAUCGACAAAUUUCGAGAACUUAUAGCAGAUAUCUCCACAUGGCAAAGUCCUUGUUCUGUUUGA